UGAAAUGUAACCGGCCAACUUUUUAACUAUGAAGUAUAUUUAAGUUCACAUAAGUCUCUGACAUCUAUUCGUGUUGUAGAGAAUGUCAACAACCUCUGUAAGCAGCAAAAUAACAGAAUGGGUGAAAAUCGUUCAUCUGUCAUGGAGACUGUUGCUGUUGUGGGUGUGAUUCUCAGCUAUUAAAGUACCGGGCACUGAUAUGAGACUAAGACUCUGUGAAAGAAUGCUUUUGAAGGCUUGGUUAACGCCCCUGAAGAGUUACCUGCUCUUGUCUGACAGAGUCAGGGCUGUGGGUAGGUUAGAGAGACGCCUGAUCUUUAGCCAAACUGGACAGUGGGAGAAGACCUUCUCCCCAACAUUGGCAAAGGAUAUAGAGCAACACUGGCAAGAAGUUGUGAACCAAAAGCCCUCAGAGGAUGGUCAGAGUAAGAAGGAGAAGUUCUAUGUGCUGUCCAUGUUCCCUUAUCCCAGUGGUCAGCUCCACAUGGGGCAUGUCCGGGUGUACUCCAUCAGCGAUGUCAUGGCCAGAUUCCACAGGCUUAAUGGCAAACAGGUAAUUCAUCCCAUGGGCUGGGAUGGAUUUGGGCUACCUGCAGAGAAUGCAGCUAGAGACAGAGGUGUUGCCCCAGAUCAGUGGACUUACAGCAACAUAAAGCACAUGAAGAAGCAGUUGAAGCAGUUGGGGUGUCUGUUUGACUGGCACAGGGAGUUUGCGACAUGUGACCCGGAUUAUUACAGAUGGACACAGUGGAUUUUCAUCAAGAUGUUUGAGUCCGGGCUGGCUUAUCAGAAACAGGCUGAGGUGAACUGGGACCCCGUAGAUCAGACCGUGCUGGCAGAAGAGCAGAUUGAUGAAGAGGGAAGGUCAUGGAGGUCAGGGGCCAAGGUUGAAAAGAGAUUCUUACGACAGUGGUACUUGAAAACUACAGUCUAUGCCAAGUCAUUACUCGAAGGCCUGGAGUGUGUAGAUGCGUCCAUGUGGAGGGAUAUCAUCAAGCUACAGAAGAACUGGCUGGGGGACUGCACAGGCUCUCGCUUUGACUUCAGCCUACAGCAUGAAGGAGAGGAGAUCUCAGAGUCAUUGUCAGUCUUCACCCCCCAUCCUGAGGCCAUGUUUGGAGCCACAUUCAUAGCCAUGAAAUCCUCACACUGGCUCAACCAAUCAAAGUAUUACAAAAAUCCAGAUGAUGUCAGUUCUAAAAAAGAUGCUUUGUUGAAUCUUCAAGCCGUUCACCCAUUCACAAGACAACUCAUUCCUGUCAUUGUGAGUUCAUCCAGGACUUUUCAGGAGAACAAUGAUACCUACCUAGGCAUUGCUUGUUUGAAUGAAGAAGACAAACAACUGGCAGGGCUAUUUAAUUUACCAAUCACUGAUGUACUUCGUGACAGUGUUGAGCAACAGAGGAUCACAGAUUCAGGGGAGUUUUCAGGUUUACCUCGAGCUGAGGCAGCAGUGGCGAUAACAGAAUAUGCCAGAAAGCAUGGAUUUGGAGGUCACAUGGUCAGCCCUAACCUCAAUGAUUGGCUGAUAUCAAGACAGAGAUACUGGGGCACACCAAUACCCAUAAUCCAUUGUCCAAAAUGUCAAGCUGUGCCAGUACCAGAGGCUGACUUACCUGUCACAUUACCAGAUGUUUCCAGUUUCCCUGGUAACACAGCAAAGCCCUUGAGCGAGGCCGAGUUCUGGAAACAGACUUCCUGUCCCAGAUGCGGGGGUCCUGCUCACAGAGAGACAGACACCAUGGACACAUUUGUUGAUUCCUCUUGGUAUUUUCUGCGAUACCUGGAUCCACAAAACACAAAGCAGCCAUUUGACCCAGAGAAAGCCAACGUGCACAUGCCCGUGGAUCUGUACAUAGGUGGCAAGGAGCAUGCUGUGUUGCACCUGUACUUUGCCCGCUUUUUCACCCACUUUUUGCACGACCUGGGGCUAGUGACCCAGCGGGAGCCCUUCAAGGGUCUGCUGACCCAGGGCAUGGUGAUGGGACAGAGCUAUCAGGUGAAGUCCACAGGCAAAUACCUCGCCCUUGAUGAGGUGGUUAUUGAGGGGGAGUCUGUCACAGAGAAGGGUACAGGAGCUCCUGUGGUGGUACAGUGGGAAAAGAUGUCCAAGUCUAAAUACAACGGAGUCGAUCCUCAGGAUGUGCUGAAGGAGUUUGGCUGUGACACUACCCGACUUUGUAUCCUGUCAAAUGUUGCCCCCAAAUCUGACAGACAUUGGUCCCCUCAGGCAUUUGUUGGAAUCCUCAACUGGCAGAGGAAGAUCUGGACACUGAUGAAUGAAUAUAUAGAACAUUGCCAGCAUAGGGGAGAAAACUCUGCAGAGAAAACUGAUCUGCUGAAGUUUGAAGAGGACAUCUUCGACAGUAGGAAUUAUCACAUUAAGGAGGUGUCUUUCCAUCUCAAUACUACGUAUCUUCUGAAUACAGCAAUAUCCAAGCUACAGAGCUACACCAGAGAUCUCAGGAAAGACAACUAUCCAAUGGCUUUGAAGGUACAGAGCACCCUCUAUGAACAGGCAUUGGCAGAUCUCAUCAUAGUGCUCUCCCCUUUCUCUCCAAGCUUUGCCUCAGAACUGUGGAGCAGGUUAACCAGUGUUCCAUCAUUAUCAAGUCUUUAUCACUGGGACAAGGGUGUGUUAGAACAGAACUGGCCAGAGGUAGACCUAGACUACAGACUCCCAUUCAGUGUAAAGGUAAACCAUCAGACAUCCUUGACCCUGAAGUUACCUCGUGGUCAGCUGGAGGCCUUGACCCCUGAAACUGCCCUGGAUUUGAUAAAGGGGGAACACGUAUAUCGUGACUACAUUCAGCCAUGUGAGAUUUCUUCUCUGGUGUUGAAUUUGAAGCCAAGCUAUUCUUCUGAACUUUGGAUUACACUGCCAGAGAAAAGUGGAGAACCAAGGAAGACAUUGGGCAAGGCGAAGAAAAAAUACAAAAGUAAAGACAAACAGUCAAAAAGCAAAGAUGUGAUUUCAGCUUGAGAAUGUAAAUACAGUAAUAAAUCAU